AGGUUACUGUUAUGCAUUAAAAAAAACAUUGUACAACAUGUAUAAUAAUACUGGGAUAAAAAAAAAUACUUUUUUCUAACAUGUAUCAAAUUAGUGCUACCAGUAUUACAACAUCAAUAUUGUAACCCCCUCUCCCCCCUUUUAUUUUUUUUUUGUAACAUUUGAAAUAACAAUAAUAAUAGACACCUUAAAGAUGAUGUAUUUAAGUCAAUAAUCUUUAAGUCAACAUACUUUAUUAGUCUUUUGUUUUGGAGUUUUUAUGCAGUCAUCUGCUCUGGUCAUAUGACAAUUUGCACUAACCAUGUGAAACUGCACAUAUUAAAUUGAGACCCUUUAGUUUCGUAGAAAGUGCAAUGAAACAUCAAUCAGUAAGGUUUUUUUUAGAGCUUUUCAAUGAAAACGUUUUUAUGGUCACUAUUGUGACCGGUGGGAUUAAAUGGGUCAAAUGUCGCGGCUGGCUGCUCUUGACUAAACAAACAAUGUCACAAGAUUUCUGACUUGCUGUUUUAUAUUUAAUCAAAUUAUAAUUGUUGUUUUUCUUCUUUAUCGCUCCACAGGGUCUUCAUGUCUCUGUGUUAAAUGUUUCUGUUGUUUGUGGGUGAUGGUAAGGUGCAUAAUUCACUAAAGACAUGAACAGCCUCUUUAAACAAACACCUUCAAGUUUUCGUUUUGAAUGUCGGAUUUUUAAAACCUUUUUAUUUAGCCUAUUCAAGCAAAAUAAAGGGAUUACUUUUAAUUUCUCGAGAAUUAGGAGUGAAAUUGUCUAGAUGAAUCAUUUUAAGUAUAUUUGCUGCCCUCUCUAACACCCGUCUCUGUCUCUGUGGUGGCGUUGCUGAUUGUAAAACUCCACAAAGGCCGCCUCCAUAGCAAAGUCUUUGGCCAUAGUUAGUAACACUGCCAUGGCAACCAGAAAACACUCCAGUGUGCGUGAGGGAGAGAGGGAGGUGUUUGAGUCUUUAAUAUAAAACAUAUAUACUGAAAAAUAAUCAACACUUAAGAGUUUUUCUCCAGGUGAUUAACUGAAUUACAAACGCUGUCUCUGUAAGUAUUUUUGUGAGUGUGUAUCGACUUGCAUAAACAUGUGAAUGCUUCUCUGAGCUGUAAGUUAAUUUUUGUGCAGUUAAUGUGUGAAUGAGGUUUGGAUUUGUACUUUCACAGUGUUAUUAACACUUUUUUUGGUUCAAUUUUGCUGACAAGUUAUCUUAUGUAGGAGUUUUUGUGUCUAGCUUUGGUUGAUGGCGUCCACUGGUGUCACUAGUCACCUGCCUCCAGUCAAGAGAGUGAAGGUCUACAGAAAUGGAGACCCCUUCUUUUCAGGAAGGAGAUUUGUGGUAAACCAGAGGCAACUCACCAACAUUGACGCGUUUCUUAAUGACAUCACUCUCAGUAUCGGAGCUCCAUUAGCUGUUCGAACUCUCUAUACACCACGCUUUGGUCAUCGGGUCGCUGACCUUAGUGACCUACAGCAAGGGGCACAGUAUGUGGCCGCAGGGUUUGAACGCUUUAAGAAGCUAGAUUAUCUGACUGCUGGACAGAAGAAAGGUCCACUGUGCAGAGUUAUGUAUCCAGCCCAGGAUAAACCACUUGUCAGGCCUAAUGUGUCUGCAAAAUGGAGGAAGACCAUCACUCUGCCCUUCAUCAUACAUGUAUUCCGGAAUGGAGACAUCCUCAGUCCUGCCCUGCGCCUGAUCAUUCACCGCCACAUGCAGAAAAAUCUAGAGCAGAUUCUGAGGCUCAUUUCUGAAAAAGCCAUGCUUCGCACAGGAGCCGUGCGCAGGCUUUGCACUCUGGAGGGUUUCACAGUGACCUCCACAGAGGAGCUGGAGAGCGGGCAAAGCUAUGUAGCUGUGGGAACAGAGAGGUUCAAGAAACUUCCAUAUGUAGAGAUACUGAUGAAUAAAGCAACAGUCAACAGUUGGAAUAGACAAUAUUAUGCAGGUGACAGAGGACUACAGAGAAGAAUUGAGGACAGCCAGAGUGACUCCACCCUCAUGAAUUCACCUGAGAGGGAAAGCAGGCGUGUGAAGUCCACAGGAGAUGAAUUGGAGCGAGAGAGCUCCCCUCAGCCGGUUAAAAGGAGAGGAAGGAGAGGAGAAAGAGAAGAGAACUCCGUUUUCUAUGCCAGACCAGUGAGAGUCCGCAGACACCCUCCCACAGACAGACCCCUUCCUAGAGCCGCAAUAGGUGAGCCCAGUGUGUUUAAGGCCUCUGAGAGCAGGAUGAGGGAGGAGGUUCGAGGUGCUGAGGAGGUCGCAGAGGAUGAAAACACAGCUGUAGAGCUUCACAUUGACCUGAGAGAAGCAGAAGUUGUAGAGGAUGAGGAGCUUCUUGAAAGGGAUCCGUUUGAUACAACCCAUAUAAAUCACAGGGAUUCAGCUGAACUGCACAGGCCAUCAUCUGAUCUCUCCAGUGAGAAUGGAGAGAAAGAGUUCAUAGUGUCUGAGAGGGAGACAUGGGACGACACGUCAGCUCCACAGAGAGAAGCACAGCAGGGAUACACGUCCAGCAAAGAGUCUCAGCAUGAUCCAAACAAACAAGAUGCUGAGUCGUCAUCAAGGCAUUCCAGAUCUUCAUCACCCAAAGUCUCUAAACAUUCUCAAGUAACACAGCAAGAACCUGUCAGUUUAUAAGUUUUAAAAACAAUAUAGUUAAUGCAUUUAAUCAUACAUGCAAAUGGUGCGGUAGUGUUUUGAAAUUUAUUUUGCCUUGUAUAGUGUCAUUUAAACUAAAGGCCUGAAGUAAUGGUACGCUCUAAAAAAAAAAUGUACUAAACUGUCACUGUUUUGGUACCUUUUUAAACAGCACUAAAUAUGUACCAUUUAGGGGGUAUAGAUAAUUAUACAUAGAUCUUUUUUGUACUGCCUCAGUGAUGGAACUAUUACAAAUAGUAAAAUUAAAUGUGGGAGACUUACAUAUUUAGUUAUUAUUAAAAUUAAUAAAAGUGUAAAAAUAUUAACCAUCUAAACACAAUGUGUGU